GCGGGUCGCGCCGGAGGGGGGCGGAGGCGGAAGUGGCGGUGCCGGGCCCGGGGAGUAGGAAGGAGCCGGGGCUGUAGCCGGAGUGGAGCGGCUGCCAGCCGAGGAGCAGGCGCGGCCGCGGCGCCAUAUUGCGGCCCUCAGCGGCCGCGACCGAGUCAUGGCUGAGACCUACGACUUCCUCUUCAAAUUCCUGGUGAUUGGCAGUGCAGGAACUGGCAAAUCAUGUCUACUUCAUCAGUUCAUUGAGAAUAAGUUCAAACAGGACUCCAACCACACAAUCGGCGUGGAGUUUGGAUCCCGGGUGGUCAACGUGGGUGGGAAGACUGUGAAGCUACAGAUUUGGGACACGGCUGGCCAGGAGCGGUUUCGGUCAGUGACGCGGAGUUAUUACCGAGGGGCGGCUGGAGCCCUGCUGGUGUACGACAUCACCAGCCGGGAGACGUACAACUCACUGGCUGCCUGGCUGACGGAUGCCCGCACCCUGGCCAGCCCCAACAUCGUGGUCAUCCUCUGUGGCAACAAGAAGGACCUGGACCCUGAGCGGGAGGUCACUUUCCUGGAGGCCUCCCGCUUUGCCCAGGAGAAUGAGCUGAUGUUCCUGGAGACCAGCGCUCUCACAGGCGAGAACGUGGAGGAGGCGUUCCUCAAGUGUGCCCGCACUAUCCUCAACAAGAUUGACUCAGGCGAGCUAGACCCAGAGAGGAUGGGCUCCGGCAUUCAGUACGGGGAUGCGUCCCUCCGCCAGCUUCGGCAGCCUCGGAGCGCCCAGGCCGUGGCCCCUCAGCCUUGUGGCUGCUGAGCCCUGUGGAGCCAGCUCACCCGUUCUCCAGGACCAGCCCUGCCCUUCCAGCUGGGGCCCAGGCCCAGGCUCCGAGAGGCCGUGUCCUAACCUGCCCUGGCCCCGGAGAAGCUGCGUUGCCACCUGUCCCCCUUCCCUGGCCUGGUGGGGCCUGGCUUUGGGGCAAGACUGAGCCACGGGGGAAGGGGGAUCCCGUACCUGCUGCUGCUUCCUGUCUUGGCUAACGUCUGUCCCCCUGAACCCCUAACCAUACCCCAAGAGCUCCCAAAGCCUGAGACCAGGGUCAUUUGUCCCCAACUCCCCACCUGGUCCUGCUGUUGCUAGUACCUGUUAUUUAUUACCUGGAGGCCUGUCCAGCACCCACCCUACCCCCAUAAAGCAUUGUUUACA